UAAAAAAAAGUAGAAAAUGACCAAAUUGCCCCUUCCGAUCCAGCGUCCGGUUAUUGAGAGUUAACAGACGGUUCAAACACCGAGCACGGCGGCGUCAUCAUCUUCCUCCUUCCGUGGGUCUCUCUCAAACCUUUACCCCUUCCUCUGUUUUGGAGCUUAAAAAACGUCGUUAUUCCAUGCUUUAUUGAAUACUAAUGACAUGACUUCCAAAUCUCUUUGUUCUUACCAACGGAGCUCUCAGGAUUAUUGGAUACCGGGAAAGCUGGGAUCAAAACAUGUGGAACGUGAUGCGUUUUAGACUAUCUUGGUUUGUAAAUGAAAGGACGUCCAUCGGAAGAAUCAGAUAGAUCCUAUGGAUGCAGCAGAUGCCAGAAACUUUGUUGUAGGAGACACUUUUCGUGAAGAAGUGGAUGGCGUUAGGCAUCAAGUCGAUGAGAUAUUUCUGAAGGUCGACAGGCUCGAGCAAAGCGCGAGUGAGAUAGAACAGUUCUAUUUGACAUUGAAAAAAAAGCAGCCAAAUGGUAGUAAAGGUAGCUCUAUUGUAAAGGAUAAAUAUAAGGAAAGACAUGUUCCAAGUAUUAAGAAGCAGCAGCAAGAUGCAGCUCGCAGAGAAGCUGUAGCUGCAAAGAGAAUGCAAGAACUCAUGCGGCAGUUUGGGACAAUAUUGCGUCAGAUAUCACAGCAUAAGUGGGCCUGGCCGUUUAUGAAGCCAGUGGACGUCGAAGGUCUCGGAUUGCAUGACUAUUAUGAGGUGAUUGACAAGCCAAUGGACUUCAGUACAAUUAAAAAUCAGAUGGAGGCUAAGGAUAGCACUGGAUAUAAGAAUGUGAGAGAGAUAUGUUCUGAUGUGAGAUUAGUCUUCAAGAAUGCAAUGAAAUAUAACGAUGAGAUAAGCGAUGUUCACGUGAUGGCCAAGACUUUGCUCGCUAAGUUUGAGGAGAAAUGGCUUCAACUUCUGCCUAAAGUCACUGAAGAGGAAAAGAGACGAGAAGAGGAGGAAGCAGAAGCGCUGUUGAACGUGCAGCUUGCUCACGAGGCUGCUCGAGCAAAAAUGGCUAGGGACAUAAGUAACGAGAUUUAUGAGGUCGAUUCAAAACUCGAAGAGCUUCGAGAACUGGUCAUGCAGAACUGCAGAAAAAUAUCAACUGAAGAAAAGAGAGAGCUUGGAGCAGCCCUCACCAAAUUGUCUCCAGAAGAUCUCAGCAAAGCGUUGGAGAUUGUAGCUGAAAAUAACCCAAGUUUUCAGGCUACAGCUGAGGAGGUGGAUCUCGACAUCGAUGCACAGAGUGAAUCUACCUUGUGGAGGUUAAAGUUCUUUGUUAAAGAUGCCCUUGAAGUUGACGCUAAGAGCUCGGCGAGCACCGGUGGUGGCAACAACCCCCCGAACCGUACAAACAGCAAUAACAUCAACGGUAACAACAAAAGAAAGAAAGAGAUUUGUGAUGCUAUAGCCAAAACAUCCAAGAAAAAAACUAAAUAGCCACUCUUCUUGAGAAUGAUACCAAAUUUUCACCUCUAAAGCUGAAGCAUUGCUGCUUUUUUUGUUCUCAUGUCUGUAGAUACUUAGAUCUUGGAUCUUAGUCGCUUUUAGUUUGCUUGUUUCUGAAGUGAUCAGUGUGAAUAAGAUUAGUAACAAGCUAGCCCAUAAAAUGUCAUGGUCUUUCUCCUGUAA